GUUGGUGUUGUAAUAGCGUGCUGUGCAGUUUGUGUUUAUUUAAAAUAUAUAUAUAUAAUUUAUUGUUGAUAUAUAUUUAUACAUUAUGUUGUAAAUAAUAAAUUGAUAACUUGGUAAUUUGUUGUAAAUAAUUAAAAGUACAUUUAAAUAGGUGUAAAAAUAUAUAUGUAUAUUUAUAAUUUAUAUGUUUAACGAGUCUGCAGAAUUAUAUUUUCACAAUAAAAAUAAUAUUUAUUUAAAAUGACAACGAGAAAUAAUGGACGAGCUGUCGGAGAUGGUUUGGAGGAACUGGGUAUACCUGGACAAGUUUACUUGAGAGAUUCGUUGACGAGUUGCACGGAUCCUUUGAAAGCUAUUGAAGAGUUUCAGUUAGAAAAUGGAGUUCUAUUACCGUCUUUGAGACCUAUGCUUCCUUUACUAGAUCUCCAUGGUGUUAGAAGGCUGGAUUUUCACGCGUCAGUUCUUGAAGAAUUGAGAGAGAAACUGGUGAAGCGGAUCAACGAAAUUGGCGCGGAAAGAAGUGAUAAAGGCGGAAGUCCUGGUGAUAAAAGACUGAAAGAUAUGCUGUCGAAAAGUUUCUCGGCGAUAAGAGUUCCGGCGUUGCGUCCUGUGGUGAUGAGUAUCCUCAGAAAUACGCCGCAUAUUGAUGACAAAUAUUUACGGGUACUGGUCAGAGAGAAGGAGUUGUAUAAUAGUGCGGAGACGGAAGUUAAAAGACAGAUUUGGAAAGACAAUCAGAGUCUUUUUGGUGAUGAAGUGUCACCGCUGUUCAGUAAAUAUAUUAUCGAGAAAGAACAAGUGCUAUUUGAUCACGGUAAUUUGAAUUCGUUGUUUUUUUCCCCGUCUCCCAAAGUAAGAAGACAGGGAGAAGUUGUACAAAAGCUGGCGCACAUGAUUGGUACGAGUGUUAAACUUUACGAUAUGGUAUUGCAGUUUUUGAGGACGUUAUUUUUGAGAACUAAAAAUAUUCAUUACUGUACACUGCGUGCUGAGCUUCUGAUGGCUCUCCAUGACCUGGAGGUCCAGGAAAUUAUUUCCGUUGAUCCUUGUCAUAAAUUUACAUGGUGUUUAGAUGCAUGUAUUAGGGAAAAGAACGUUGAUAUUAAGCGCUCGCGGGAACUUCAAGGUUUUUUGGACAGUAUAAAGAGAGGCCAGGAACAAGUGUUAGGUGACCUCAGCAUGACACUCUGCGAUCCAUAUGCUGUAAAUUUUCUUGCAAGUAGCGCAAUAAAAAUAGCACUUCAUUUAAUAAACGGAGAAUCUCUCCCCCGAGAUAAUGCCGUUCUGGUUCUGCUGCUGAGAAUGCUGGCACUGGGACUGUCAGCGUGGCAAAUGAUCGACUCUCAAGAUUUCAAAGAGCCCAAACUCGACAGCCAAGUAGUGACGAAAUUUUUACCUGCACUGAUGUCGCUGAUGGUCGACGACCAGAUAAGACAAUUGAACUGUAAAUUGCCGCCAGAUGAACGAGAAAGCGCGAUAGCUAUCAUAGAACACUCGGGUCCACCUCCAGACGCAUGUCAAGCCUACGCGCAAUUAUCCGGAGUGGCCGCGGUUCUUUCUAUGUACUACACCCUUCAUGUCGGAGGAGCGACUGGAGGUUUCGGAUUAGCCGUUGCCAGCGGCGCCGGAGGUGUGGGUGGACUCGGUGCUGGCGCCGGUAAAUCUAGAAGUGAUUCCCGAGGACUUAUGAGAGUUCUUUCAACUCUUCCAAACUGCCAAGGACAACGUGCCUUUGAAGAUCCUUUUCUUCAUACUCUCGUUUCUUUACUUAUUCUCAAUAUGGCUGAUGAAUUUUCCAAUGAAUCAUUUUGUACUGUAAUUUUUGACGAAUUUUUCCUAGCCGGAUUAGGCAGAGACAACGUGACGAGGCAUUUACUUAAAUUACUUUGGUAUAUUUACCCAAAAUUACCCGCUGCCAGGUUGCAUUCUUUAAUGAAAGGACUUCAGCCCACUAGUCAGCACAAUGAAGCUGUACACACUUUGUAUGAGGCUCUCAGAGAGAAAAUCGGUAACAGAACAAUGGAAGAAGCUACAAUGGGACAAGAUACAAUGGGAAUGGAUUGUUCUUCAUCACCACUUGGAGUAUCAGUGCCUACUUAAAUAAUUAUGUCUAAAUAACCCGAUUAAUUGUAAAUUUAUCUAUCAUGUAAAAAAAUUUUUUAAAUAAAAAAUAUAUAUA